AUUAGAGAGUUAAAAGAGAGAAGCCCAUUUGAAACUCAUCUCUGCUGAUCAAAAAAAAUGCCAAAGGCAGUGGAAGAUACAUCAUCAGUUGCUCUCCUUAAAAACAGGCUCAAUGCUUCCCUUGAGAGGAACCACUCUCUGGAGAAGGAGAAUGAGCAAUUGAGGCAAGAAAUCCACAAUCUGAAAAUCCAAAUAGCUUCACUUCGAGCCCAAGAUUCCGAUCGUAGAUCCAUGCUGUGGAAGAAGCUGCAAGGUUCUAUCGGCAAUAACAGUUUCUUGCAGGAAAAGCAAAUGGUUCAGAGCAACAACACAGAUGAAGGAUUAACAUGUGACAACUCAAUUUCUAGGCCAGAGUUUUCAGGUUCACCAACAGCAACCAGGGAAAGAUUGCCAAGAGUGCCAAAGCCACCACCCAAGCCUACAUGUUUACCUCAGACACCCAAAACAAGCAAUGCAUCAUGGCUACCGCCGCCACCGCCGCCGCCACCUUUUCCUUCGAAAUUGAAAGGUGGGUCGAUCAAGGCAGUCCAAAGGGUUCCAGAAGUAGUGGAAUUCUAUCGUUCUCUAACAAGAAAAGAAGGAAAGCCGGACACGAGAACUGGCGCUUUGGGGAUUCCGGCAGUUACAAAUGCUCGGGAGAUGAUUGGCGAGAUUGAGAACCGAUCAGCCUACCUAUUAGCCAUCAAAUCAGAUGUGGAAACCCAGGGUGACUUCAUCAACUUUCUGACAAGGGAAGUUGAAAAUGCAGCCUACAAAGAGAUAUCUGAUGUAGAAGCAUUUGUUAAGUGGCUAGAUGAGGAACUAUCCUACCUGGCAGAUGAAAGAGCAGUGCUCAAGCAUUUCCCCAAAUGGCCCGAGAGGAAAGCAGAUGCAAUGAGAGAAGCAGCUUGUGGAUAUCGAGAUCUAAAGAAUCUGGAGUCUGAGGUCUCCUCUUUCCGUGAUGAUAUGAGGCAACCUACCCCUGUAGCCCUCAAACGCAUGCAGGCACUGCAGGACAAAUUGGAACGUAGCGUUCACAAUGUUGAAAGAGUUAGAGAAAGUGCAAGCAAAAGGUACAGGGAUUUCAAGAUUCCUUGGGAAUGGAUGCUUGACUCUGGUAUCAUUGCGCAACUAAAACUGGGCUCUAUGAAGCUGGCCAAAGGGUACAUGAAACGAGUUGUGACAGCAAUGAAAUUUGAAACAGUCUUAGAGGAUGAUGAACUAAUUAUACAAGGUGUUCGAUUUGCUUUUCGUGUCCAUCAGUUUGUUGGUGGAUUUGAUGAGGAGAGCAGGCAUGCAUUCCAAGAACUCAAGAAGCUGGCAAGCAAUUGUCAAUCAUCACACUGUACUCAGCUGAAUGGUCUUUCUGAGACUACCUAAGAACCAGCACACACAAUCAUGAUUGAAGUCUAAAGAUUGAAAGACUGGCAGAGAUAUAUAUAUGCAGCUUCAUAAAUUAAAGGAUUGGAUCCAUCAGUUGUUGCUUUUAAUGCAAAUUCUUUUCUCAAGGACAUUCCAGAUACUUGUUGGAUUCACGUUAAUUAUUCAAAAAUGACUU